AAGCCAAGCCAACGGGAGAGACAGAGAGGAAAGGAGAUUUUUUGACAACAGUUACGCGAUGUCGGGCCGUUACUAAAACAGAGAGACUGCACACACAUAAGUAUAAUGUUAUAACUAAGCGAGGCUUAGUUUGCCCGUCGAGUGGAGCGUUGUGAUUUUUUGGCAUGGUGUGCUCGCGGGGCUGGUGAAAUAUCAAAAACGGGUGUGGAGAAACUCUCGGAAGUUGUAUGGAGUACAGGGGCGGGCUUUCCUAGGAUUAGGACUUGUUUUGUUAAUAUAUUUAUACUCAUAAUACUCCAAUUUCUAAGCGCUCUGUGAUUAAAAAGCCCGAUAACGCAACAAGGAAGGACGACAAAGAUUUGUGAGUAAUACAGCAGUGACUCACGAUAUCAGUAUUCGCUGUUUCCGACUAAUUAACACUCGUUUGCGCUUGCACACUGUAGAGUUAUGAUUUUAUGAAAAUUUUUCAACGGCAUAAUAUACACACCGUCAGCUCUCCUUGGUAUACGAUAUGAUGCUGAAUAGUUGGACGAAGCACAUUUUACACUGCUGCCUGUUAGCAACCUUCAUCUUAGUGUUCGAAUUUGUAUCGGGUGGAUUGCACUGGGGACCAAGGGACCAAAGCCAGUUUGAUCCAUGGGUUCAGUACGGUUUUGCGGGUGCACUUACUCUGUACCUCCUUCGGACUUUGACAUUUCUGUCAUUCCCACAAGUGUUGUUCAACUUUAUCGGACUAACUAUAUACAAUGCUUUUCCUGACAAAGUUAGUCUCAAGGGCUCGCCCUUGCUCGCGCCAUUUAUUUGCAUAAGGGUUGUGACGCGUGGUGAUUAUCCUCAGUUAGUUAAAACUAAUGUUGAUAAGAAUCUAAACAAAUGCAUCGACGCAGGCUUAGAGAACUUUCAAAUAGAAGUAGUGAGUGAUAAGCCAAUUGGUUUGUCAGCGCAUCGUAGAAUAAGAGAGGUUAUUGUGCCACCUAAUUAUCGAACAACUAGUGGAGCAUUGUUCAAAGCUAGGGCUCUACAGUACUGUUUAGAAAAUUCAGUUAAUGAACUAGCAGACCAUGACUGGAUAGUUCAUCUUGAUGAGGAGACUCUGUUAACUGAUAAUUCGAUACGUGGAAUUCUCAACUUUGUCCUCGAUGGAAAACAUCAAUUUGGACAAGGCCUAAUCACUUAUGCAAAUGAAGAUGUUGUCAAUUGGAUCACCACGUUGGCCGAUAGCUUUAGGGUGGCAGAUGAUAUGGGAAAACUUAGGUUGCAGUUUACGAUGUUCCACAAACCUCUUUUCAGCAUGAAAGGUUCUUAUGUGGUAACUCAGAUGGGAGCUGAGAGGCAAGUUUCAUUCAACAAUGGUUUGGAUGGAUCGGUGGCAGAAGACUGUUUUUUCGCAAUGAAAGCAUUUUCUCAAGGCUAUUCCUUCAACUUCAUUGAUGGAGAAAUGUGGGAGAAAUCACCAUUUACUCUGUGGGACUUUGUGCAGCAGAGAAAACGGUGGCUGCAAGGAAUAUUACUUGUUGUGCAUUCUAAGGCGAUUCCAGUAAAGAAGAAACUGUUACUGGCAAUAUCUUGCUAUUCAUGGGUUACCAUGCCUCUGUCUACAUCAAACAUUGUUUUAGCUGGCCUUUGCCCUAUCACCUGUCCACCAGUUAUGGACUUCCUCUGUGCAUUCAUAGGAGCAGUGAAUAUUUACAUGUACAUCUUUGGAGUAGUCAAGUCUUUCUCCUUAUAUCGAUUUGGCGUUGCGCGAUUUAUGCUUUUCAUUUGCGGAGCGUUAAUGACUAUUCCAUUUAAUUUAAUUAUUGAAAACGUUGCUGUAAUAUGGGGACUGUUUGGUAAAAAACACAAAUUUUACGUGGUUAACAAAGAAUUCAAACCAGCACUUGCGGUCUGAUAUUCAGUUAAUUUAAAGUCACUAGUUUAUAGGCAGUGCACGAGCCACUUUACUUACAUUUUUCAGAAUACUUGUAUACAAGUGGUACCUGUAAUGGUAGAACAAAUAGAAUUAAUAAUUUCACGAUUGUUUAAACAAUCUACGUGUUUUAAUGCAUUUUAUAAAUAUGUAUAAUGCAUAUGGUUAAAAUGCAAAAUUGAAGUUGUAGCAUUCCAUUUGAUACUGAAUUAAAAAAUGUUAAUAUCUCAAGAUGAUUUUGAUCCAUUUUUGUGUUUCAAGUUUAUUUUAUAAUACGUAGAAUAUCAGAUUUUUAACAAAAUUUACAUAAAGACGUGUUCGAGCAAUUUUCUAAAACUCCUUUAAAUACUUUCAGAUGAUUGUUCAAAAUUUAUCAAAUAAUGUAGCUUCCAUGGAUCGAAAUCGUUCAUUGUUAUUGCAUUUUUUGAAUGUGUCAUCCUGCAACUGAAACAAUAUUUUUCUUAUGUAGAGUAGUAUAAAAACUUGAAAAGAAAAAUAAGGAUAAGAAACUUUUGAAAAUGAAUAGGAAUAAUUAAAUUAUUUCUUCACUCAAACGUUAAUAUUAACAAUGUUGAUACGAGUGAUUCGAAUAAAUUAGUAAGAAAAGUUUUAAAGAAAGUUAAAUUAGGUAAGUACUUUGGCUAAAAGAUCUCUAAAUAAAAAGCUUUAGUGUUCUAAAAAUUAUAUUUAUAUCCUUUAUAGAUAUUUUGGCUAGAGUAAAAGAUCUCAAAAACAAAGAAUAUUCAGUAUUCUGAAAAAAUAUUUACAAACAAGAUAUACUUAAUAUUUAAUAAAAAUUUCUUCGUAAAAGUUACUCAGAUUUGAAUAUGUUAUAUUUUGGCUUUUAGAUAAUUAAUUCUUUGGUGAUUAAUGUAAAAAAAUUAUUACUAGGACAAUCGCACGUGAUUUUUUUAAACGAUUGCUAUUCAAAUUUAACUCUUGCUUUAAUGUUGCUUCCAAAAAAUAUGUAUAGACUUUGAAAAUUUGAAAAUUAUUUUAAGAUAUUUUAAGAUGAAUGUUAUUCAAGACAAAAAGGGUCCAACAGGAAAUAAUCUAGAGCUUUUCUGAAAUUAAAUCACUAUAAGAAAUUGUAACCAUUAGAUUGCUUACAAUAAGUAAAAGCAAAAAUUCAUGUAAUAAUUACAAUGAUCGUAUUCGUCACUUUCAUCAACAACGAUCACGGUUUUCGAUAAAAAAUGCUUAUUGCAGCACAAUUUAUGGUGUCUAGUCAGAAUUGCGCAAAUAACGGAAAUGACUUUUACUACAAGAAGUAUGACAAACAGUAUUAAGAAAGAAAUAAUAAUUGAUAUAUCUAUCUAUUACUGUACACUGUUACACUUUAUGUUCAACAAAUUUUUAUUCAAAUGUAAUGAUGUAUGUAUGUAGUAUAAGGUUUAGCAUAAUGACGCGAUUCUUCCUAGUAACAUAUCUUAUUUUGAUAGGUAAUUUUAACUCGCAUUCUUUCUUAAUAUAACGACAAAAGUGCACCUACCAAAGCUAUGGUUUUCAUAAUGCUGCUAAUUAUUAUGAUAAAAUCGGCACUAAUAUUUCAGUGUUCAAAAAUACGAAAUAGAACAUUUUUCUAUUUCAAAUUAAGAUGUAUAGUAUAAUAAAAUACUAACCUUUAUAUGAUUUAAAAAAAAACUGAAGAUUAUUUGUUGAAGUUGUAUUUGUAUAUAAUCUAGUUCGUAUACAUAUACAUCAGUUAAGCUUCUUUGACAAAUACUCUACUUUUUUUACAACUUAUUUGAAAUCCUAAACUUUUUGUUAACGAUUAAACUUUGCGAUUUUACAAAAAUCGCGCAUGCCAUAUAAAUACUGUUUACUAUUUAUUUUUUCGAUACAGUGUGCGUAAAAUGCACUUUUACGCACGCUCCGCGUGCGUUCAAGCAGAUUUUCCGCCCCUGUAUUAAAAAAUAACGUUCGAUGCACGUGCGAAAAGUUGAUUCUACACUCGUGAGAUUGUCACCCUCGCUUCGCUCGGGCAACAAACCUCCCGCUCGUGUAGAAUCAACUUUUGCGCACUUGUAUCGAAAUAUACUAUUUAUUACAAAUAUGAAACUUUAUAUUAAGAAAUAUUGUACAUUUAACUUAAUUCUUAUAGGUUAAAUUUAUGAUAUUCCACAAGCAUUAUUAAAACAAUUUUUAUAUGAAAUGAAUUCUUUUGAAGUUUAUAAAAAUUUGAUUCUUGUUUUAUAAAUGAUUGACAAUUGAAAGGGUUGCUACUUUUAAAAACUAUUCUGUUAUAGUAUUGAACAAUAUGUAUUAUAAAUUUGAAUAAAUCAUACAUGCUACAUA